CAAUAACUGACGCCACGAUUCGCUACUAUCUUUGCGCUCCCCGCCGAUGCCCCUGCGCCCCGCUAACGACGCUGUUCAGCUAUAGUUUUUCGGCAUGGAAUGGUCCAGAGAUGGCCGCGGAAGCAACGGAAGCCAGAGUCUCCCCGCGAGAGUUGAUGGAAUGGGAGGCGUGUUUGCAGGAGCCAUCGUCCCUGCUGCCGUCGACGUCGACCCCCUCCGUGUUGCAGCGAGUCACAACAACAGUGGGAAGCAGAGGCAGGGCUGCAACAUGCACAUUAGGGUUACUCCCUAAGGGAAACCAAUACUCUCUUCUUCUUCUGAUUCCGAUGAUGAAUCGUCAAUUUGUCCGCGUGCACUCGGCCCCGCAGCUGGGAUCCCGUAUCCAUCCAUCCCUGCGUCAAAAAAUGCUAGCCCGGAAGAAGUCAAUUUUUCACAAGAAGCACAUUCAACAUUACAUCUACGGGAUGCCUUUGCAAAAAUCCUCGUUGCAUGGUGCACUGGACGGAAACAUGAUCUCAGUAUCGAGGAUGCUAUAGGCCAUGCUCUCAUACAUGGGUGUACAUGAUCGAUCGAUACAUAAAAAUCAUGCAAACAGAUGGGUGAGUUUUAGAAAUAAUGCACACAUGACCCAUGGUGGAAUCGAAGUACUAUGAUAUUGAUUGAGUUCAAUGAGGGCAGCCGUCGACGUGUCCGCCCUCUCAGUGCAAUCGUACCUCGUCCGUUUCACGGACGGCGGGUGGCGCGAUCAAGUUGCAUCAGUGAGGGUGUUCCACGACGACCAGGCCACACCAUUCCGCGUCCAGGAAUGGUCGCCUGACUUCGACGCCGGACUCGUGCGUUCACGUUACCGCGUGCGAGUGCUCCUAGAGUGCGUCCCUAAGCAGGCGUGGUCGCUUGAGAUGGCGAAGAAACUG